AAAUUAUUCAAAUUUAUAAGAGAGUGUUAACACAUUUUUUAGGAAUCAACUCCAAUCAAACCUGUCACAUCUGUUGAAAAGAAUUGGACAGUGUCUCCAAUUCUGGACAGCUCUAGUACUCCUACAACACAGGUAAGCUUACCCUAAGUUGCAGAGCUGCUGGCAGAAACUGCCUUAAUACUGUACCUGAUAUGCAUUAAUACCAUACUUUGUUUGUUGCAUGGCAGGAUUCAGCCAUGUUUAAAGUGAGGAGGAAGCUGUAUGAUAAUGGAAACAAAGAAAAUAGUUUAGCUCUCACGAUUGAUGGACAGGAAAAUACAUCUCUAAUUAAUUUGCUCACCUCUGAUGAAUCAACUCCUGUAAAUACCGCCACCAACACUAUCAGCUCUGUUACUCCCACUCCCUCUGCCACCAAUACCUUCACCUCUACCUCUGCUACUUCCAGAACCGUAGAAGAGUCCCCAACCAAUCAACCCGUUGUCUCCCUGAAGAGGUGUUGGAAAAAGAAGAAAGAAGACUUCUAUUUUUUCACUGGAGUCACUCAACAAAACUUUACAGCCUUGUACAACCUACUCGGAGGGGACGAGGUCAUCAGUAAAUUGAAAAUGGAAUACAAACUAUCAACGCCAGAUAAAAAUGAGAACAAAUUUAAACUACCACUGAAAGACCGUCUUUUCUUAACCCUCAUCAGGUUAAGAAGAGGUAUACCCCUUAGAGACUUGGCAGAAGUAAUGGGCAUUGGUAAGACACAGGCAUCUGAAAUAUUUUAUGCUAUGAUACGGCACAUGUAUCUAACAUUCCAGAUUUUUAAGGAACGCAUGCUGCCCACUGUUGAACAGCAGCAAAAAAAUAAGCCUAAAGUGUUUCGCCCGUUCAAAAAUCUCAGGCUUAUUAUUGAUGGUGCAGAAUUCAGACUGCAACGGCCUACAGAUUUCCAACAACAGGGCAACACAUACUCUGAAUACAAGGGUGGCAAUACAGCUCAUUUUAUCAUCGGCAUCAAUUUGCAAGGAGGUGUUGCUUUUGUAAGCAAAGCCUACGAGGGGUCCAUAUCAGACAAGCAAGCGGUUGUGAAGAGUGAGUUGCUUGAAAUGCUGUCUCCAGGAGACGCUCUCAUGGUUGAUAGAGGCUUUGAUCUUAAAGCAGAAUGCACAUUGAAAAAUAUAAGCCUCAUACGCCCACCAUCCCUCUCAAAGAAUCAAACAAUGACUCCCAAGGAAAUAGUCUUAACAAAAGCAAUCGCCAAGGCAAGAAUAUAUGUGGAGCAUAUAAUUAAAAAUAUAAAACAAUAUCGCCUCCUCAGGUAUACCAUACCAAACAAGAUGAUUCCUUACUUAGAAGAUCUGGUUUAUGUGUGUGCUUUUCUGAUAAACUUCAACCCUCCCAAUGUCAUCAAGGAUGGAAGGAAAAGAAAGAAAACAUUCAAAUCACCUGUAAAAAAGAGAGCUGCAAGGAAAAAUAUUAGUAAGGAUAGUUAGAUAAGU